AUGCCUCUCUUUUUUCCCCUCUUUUUCUUCAUCAUUUUUUUUUUUCUUCUUCUUCCAAAUUCCAUAUUUCUUUCUUUUUUUUUUCUUUCUUUUCCAUCUAAUCUCGACCAUGCCUUUCUUUCUUUGCUUUUUUCAUUCCUUUUUCCAUUAAGUAUUUUGUUCUCACUUCUUUAUUCGCUUCCUCAACUAAUCUUCCUAUCCAUCAUUCUUUUACUCUUUCACUUUUCUUCCUUUUGUUCGAAUAUUUUUUUUUCUUCUCUUUUUCCCUUCCAGUCUUUAAUACUUUUUUUCUCACAACAAAUUUUUUAUUCUUCGAUUAAACAUUCUCUUCUCAUUUCUCGUUUUCAUAUACAUAAAUUAGUAAAACUUUUCUUUUUUCUCCAAUUUAAUAUUUUUUUUCUCAUUAUCUAUUCACCCUAUUCAAAUAACUUCUUUCUUUCUUUCUUUCUUUCUUUCUUUCUUUCUUUCUUUCUUUCUUUCUUUCUUUAUCUCGCAAUAUUCUGUCCCUUUUUUCUUUCUUUUUUUCUUCAGCUCGUAAUAUUUAAUUUCUGUCCUACUUUCUUUCUUCCUACACCUCGUCAUACACACGUUCUUUCUUUCGUAAGAUUUAAGUUCUUUCUUCACCUCCUAAUAUUUAAUGAUUUCUUUCUUUCUUUUUCUCUCUAUAGUCAAGUUCUUUCUUUCUUUUUUUCUUUCUUUCUGACUUUCACCUCUUCUUUCUGUCUUAUUUAUUUCAUUCUUUAUUUGCUUCUUUCUUUUUUGUACAUCGACAUAUACAAGUUCUUUCUUCAUCUCGCAAUAUUCAAAUCUUUUCUUUCUUUGUCUUUUUUUCUCUCUUUCUUCCUUUCUUUCCAUUCAUCCAUCUUUCUUUCUUUUUUUCUUUCUUUCUACACCUCUAAUAUUCAUCCUUUUUCUUUUCUUUCUUUCUUUCUUGUUUUUCUUUCUUUCUUUCUUUCUUUCUCUUUCUUUUAUUUGUCUGUCUUUCAAAUCGCAAUAUUCACGUUCUUUCUUUCUUUUCUUUCUUUCUUACACCUCGUUAUAUUUCUUUCUUUCUUUUCUUUCUUUCUUUCUUUCUUUGUUUUUUUUCUGUCUUCAACCGCAAUAUUCACGUUCUUUCUUUCUUUUCUACACCACGUUAUAUUAUUUUUUUUUUUCUUUCUUUCUUUCUUUCUUUUUUCUUUCUUCUUUCUAAUAUUCAAAUUUCUUUUCUUUCUUUCUUUCUUUUUUCUUUCUUUUCUUUUUUUUUCUUUUUUCUUUCUUUCUUUCUUUCUGUCUGUCUUCUUUCGCAAUUUCACGUUCUUUUCUUUUCUUUUUCUUUCUUUCUUUCUUUCUUUCUACACCUCGUUAUAUUUCUCUCUUUCUUUCUUUCUGUCUGUCUUCAAAUCGCAAUAUUCACGUUCUUUCUUUCUUUCUUUCUUUCUUUCUUUCUUUCUUUCUACACCUCGUUAUAUUUCUUUCUUUCUUUCUUUCUGUCUGUCUUCAAAUCGCAAUAUUCACGUUCUUUCUUUUCUUUCUUUCUUUCUUUCUUUCUUUCUUUCUUUCUACACCUCGUUAUAUUUCUCUCUUUCUUUCUUUUCUUUCUUUCUUUUUUUUCUUUCUUUUACUCUUUCGUCAUAUAGAAUAAUAUUCAGAAAAUUUUUCUUUCUUUCUUUCUUUUCUUUCUUUCUGUCUUCUUCAAAUCGCAAUAUUCACGUUCUUUCUUUCUUUCUACACCUCGUUAUUUUUUUUCUUUCUUUUUCUUUCUUUCUUUUUUCUUUUUCUUUCUUCUACACCUCUAAUAUUCAAAAACUUUUCUUUCUUUCUUUCUUUCUUUCUUUCUGUCUGUCUUCAAAUCGCAAUAUUCACGUUCUUUCUUUCUUUCUUUCUACACCUCGUUAUAUUUCUUUCUUUCUUUCUUUCUUUCUUUCUUUCUUUCUUUCUUUCUUUCUUUCUGUCUUCAAAUCGCAAUAUUCACGUUCUUUCUUUCUUUCUACACCACGUUAUAUUUCUUUCUUUCUUUCUUUCUUUCUUUCUUUCUUUCUUUCUUUCUUUUUUUCUACACCUCAAAAUUUACUUUCUUUCUUUCUUUCUUUCUUUCUGUCUGUCUUCAAAUCGCAAUAUUCACGUUCUUUCUUUCUUUCUUUCUACACCUCGUUAUAUUUUUUCUUUCUUUCUUUCUUUUUUCUUUCUUUCUUUCUUUCUUUCUACACCUUUCUUUUUAUUCUUUCUUCACCUAAUAAUAUCCUUUCUUUUCUAAUAUUCUUUCUUUCUUUUCUUUCUUUCUUUCUUUCUUUCUGUCUGUCUUCUGUUUCGCAAUAUCUUUUCGUUCUUUCUUUCUUUUCUUUCUACACCUCGUUAUAUUUUUCUUUCUUUCUUUCUUUCUUUCUUUCUUUCUUUCUUUCUUUCUUUCUUUCUUUCUACACCUCGUCAUAUAGAAGUUCUUUCUUCACCUAA